UUCUGCAGGUGAGAUCCACAACUGUGCAUACCUGCUAUAAACUGAUCAUCAGUGUCAAGUUACAUUGGUUGGGCUUGGUCUGAAACAAGGUCACCUCAUAUUAGGAUCCUACAUCAAGAGACCCCCCCUAGAUUCCAGAGAUCAAUAACAGUUGGAUUCAAUAAUAUGAAAGUGCAGCAUGGCUACUGCAGGGACAUCAACUCACUUGCUGAGAUUUGUUACCAUUUUGCUCAUGAACAUGUGUGUGAUGGACUCACAAGGACUGCCUGAACCUACAGACGUCACUGUACAGAUGAGUUACACUGAUGGAGAACUCACAACAGAAAGUCACACGACAGAAAAAAUAGAACACACUAUAACUUUAUCACUGACCAUAGAUGAAACGUUUGACAACUCACACACAGACAAAAACAGUCAAAAGUACCAAAAGUACAGCAGAGACAUCACGAGUUCAGUUGACAGUGCUUACAGUGCCAAACUUUCUUCAUACAAAGCUGGUUCUGCAAAAGUUAUUCAGUUCAGGCCUGGCAGUGUGAUAACAGACUUCACUAUUGUAACAACAACUGAUACACUUGAUUUUAGUGCAACAAACAAACAAUUAGCGUCUGUUCUCAGUGCAAACGGAUAUGAAGUGAGUGCAGAUUCCUUUGCUCAAACUGUGGAAAAUGGCUUAUAUGAUCCACGCAAAGGCAACAUUUACCCUGGCAAAGAUAUGGAUUUGGCCUGUGUUCCUCCAGCCUUCAGUACUGGAGGAAUAACCUGGAGUUUCAAUGAUAAAAUCAUCUCAACAGAAGUAGAUCCUAGUCAAUAUCAAAUCAGUGCUGACAGAAAAACACUCACCGUGAAAAGCACCAGUGAUCAGGACAGUGGUAAAUACGCAUGUACAACGACCUUAAACUCAAUUCCCUACAUAAUCUGGCAAAGGAUGGUAAUUCAGCCAUUGCCCAAUAUCAGAGUGACCACCUCAAAAGCUGUGUACUGUGAUGGAUCACCAAUCACACUGGAGUGCUGCGCUGAGAACAGCUACAAGACUAAGUGGAGCCUGAUCACUUCAUCUGGACCACAGAAGCUAACAGACCCAACGAUAGGCUGCAGCUCAUAUCCGUACCCAGGUUUCAGUGAAGCGGACUGUAAGGACGGGGACAAAAUUGUGACUUUCCUAUGGGAAGUCUUUGACCUCAAUGGAGACCUUUCUGAUACAAACCGCGUCAGAAUUACUGCAACAGGAAAAAGUUUGUACUGCUACGAUAAACAAUUUGGAGCUGGAAAAAUAAACGACCUACAGACUGGUUCUUGUGAUGCGGAUAGCGUUGGCACUGUGACAGCUCUCUGUACAUCCAACACAACAGACAAAGGUACCUGGAAGAUUGUGGAAGAUAACUGCAUCCUGCGUGCUCUUCAAGAACUGAUAGACAAAUCUGAGAAUUUACAAGUUGCAGACGUCCCACAGUUUACAGCUGACCUCCGGGAUGCCACCGAAUCCAAUUCUGCUAAGAUAACAGAGUCUGAACAGAAUGUCUUAACAGUUGUCAACCUAAUGAAAGUAAUUGCUACUGUCUCACAAUUACUUAUAGUUGACAAGUCCAUCAUGACGGAUUUCCUAAGAACGUCUGAUGUCAUUUCAUCAAUAUCAGCACAGCCAGCAUGGGAGCAUUUGAACCAAAUGUAUACAACACAGACUAUGAGCUCUGAACUUCUGAAGUCAACUGAGGAAAUUGGAGGCAGACUCACAGAUGACAGUUUUAGAAUAACAACAAACAGCACUCAACUGGACAGAACUAAAACCUCUGGUCCAUUUUUUGGAACAUUUGGCGUAAAUUCCACCACACAGAUAGAUAUUCCAGAGCUUAGUGGACAGACUUUGAUCACCACCAUAGUUUUCUCAGCUUUUCACAAUGUCUUACCUGUUCGAAAUGCACGCUAUGACACUUCAAUCAAUGGAGAUGUGGCUGCAAUCAUUGUGAACGAGACAGUUUACAGCAUCUCUCUUACUUUUGAUAUUAAAAAUGAGUCACUGAGAAACCCUCAGUGUGUCUUUUGGAACUACAGUCUUUUGGAUGGGGAUGGAGGAUGGGACUCAACUGGAUGUGAAAUAAAGCCUUUAGUGAAACAAAUUGGCAAGUUUAAGUGUGAAUGCAGUCACACAACCUCAUUCUCGAUCCUGAUGUCGCCAUUUUUUGUGGAUAAUCUUGUUUUGGCCUUUAUACCUUUUAUUGGUGUUGGCAUUUCGAUAAUCUGCUUAAUUUUGGCCCUCAUUAUUGAGAUCAUCGUAUGGAAGCCAUUGACCAGGAAUGACACAUCCUACAUGCGCCACGUCUCCAUAGUCAACAUCGCUCUGUCCCUCCUGAUUGCGGACAUAUGCUUCAUCAUUGGAGCAGCUAUUGUUAAAGACGGAGAACAGACACCAGUGGGUCCCUGCAGUGCAGCAACGUUCUUCAUGCACUUCUUUUACCUUGCUCUCUUCUUCUGGAUGUUACUUUCAGCACUCCUGCUCCUCUACCGGACCAUUAUGGUGUUUGCUAGAAUGUCUAAGUCCAUUAUGAUGGUCAUAGCAUUCAAUGUUGGCUAUGGGGCCCCAUUACUCAUAGCUGUCAUCACUGUGGCAGUAACAGCUGGAGGUGGAGGAUACAUCCAGGAAGAGAAUGCCUGUUGGCUGAACUGGUUCAAAACUAAGGCCCUCCUGGCGUUUGUGAUUCCUGCUCUCACCAUUAUAGUUAUAAACCUCCUGGUGCUUGUUGUGGUGAUAUAUAAGAUGUUAAGGAGGGGAGUUGGUAACGUCUCUCAGCCAGAUGAGAAACAUGCCUUAAUGAUGAUCGCCAAAUUUGUGGCCAUUUUAACCCCUCUCUUUGGUCUGACCUGGGGAUUUGGCAUCGGGACCAUGGUGACAUCUGAUUUAGGAGUUCACAUUGUGUUUGCACUCCUCAAUUUACUGCAGGGUUUCUUUGUUUUGCUGUUUGGAAUUCUGUUGGAUAGAAAGGUCCGUGAGGCACUGGCAGUAAAGCUGAGACUAAACAAUAUUAGCUCUAGCCGCAGCAGGUUACAGAGCACUGAUGCAGAGCCAUCGUCUUCUAUUGGACUGGACUUCAUUGGAAGGUCACGUCUAAACACCUACAGAAAGAAACCACACUUAAAAGUAGUCUGCUGUCCCGAGUAGCGCAACCAUCUAAGUGGCCCCAUAAUCAGGAGAUUGCAAGUUCGAUCACUGGUGAUUCUACAGCUGUCCGUGGCCGGGAGUCCAAGAGAACACAAUUGGCCUUGUUCUCUCUGGGUGGGUAGGAUGCCCCCCCACCCAGUCUCCCCCCAUCACUCAACGCGAUGCUAGUAACAGAUCUGGCAGUUGGUGCUUUCCUUGUUGCAAGAAACAGGAGGAUGGCCAGAGAUCAAUGUGCUGAUGUAAUUAGUAUAAUUUACUUCUUUAAACUGGAUGAACUGGACGCCCAGACUCCAUAUACUCAGCCAGUGUAAUGACACUGAAGCUUUACCUCUGGUAAAAACCGGCAAACCUGCCAACUCUGCAGGCCGCAGUAGUUACCCUGAGCACAGCCCACUUUUACACAGCCUCCUAUUACCAUCCACUCUACAGUAAGCUAGAGGAUUUAAAAGUGCUUUUGCAGUAGUUUAUAACAUAAAACUAAGAAAUUAAUCACACAAUCACAAAUGUAACCACAUUCAGAGCAGAUUAUAUUUAGGUUUGCGUUAAUAAAGCUAAAGGAUCUGUGGUUCCCAAGUACGGACACUCUAUGCUAAAAGAAAACAGUAUUGCUGAGAACUUCCAGGAAUUCUCAGAAAAUAGGAUCUUUCCGAUGCAAGCAAUAUUUUCAUG